UAUUCAAAUGCUCGCAAUCCAAAGCCAUAGCCAACAUAAUUAAUGGAUUCUGGUAGCAUUUUUCUUCUUCUUGGUGUCCUUUCCUCCUUCUCUGGCGCAUACGGCUGCGUAUUCACCAUCACAAACAAUUGCCCGCAUCCCAUAUGGCCAGGCACGCUCUCUGGCGCUGGCACACCGCCGCUUCCCACGACAGGAUUUCUUUUGAACUCGGGUCAAAGUGUUAGAAUCCCAUCGACUCCGGGAUGGUCGGGACGAAUAUGGGGAAGGACCGGAUGCAACUUCGAUGCAUCCGGGAUUGGGAAGUGUCAAACAGGAGAUUGUGGGGGGAGGCUAGAAUGUGAUGGCAAUGGUGCCACUCCACCCGCUUCGCUCUUUGAGAUCACUGUUGGCACUGGCGAUGACAAGGACUUCUACGAUGUCAGCAUUGUCGAUGGCUAUAACUUGCCGCUCGUCGUCGUGCCACGCGGUGUCUUUGGACCCUGUAAUGCCACAGGCUGUGCUUCCGAUCUCAAUUUAGGUUGCCCAAAAGAGCUGCAAGUAGUGGGGGGAGAUGGGGGACAAGCAGGGGGAGUGGUGGCAUGCAAAAGCGCAUGCGAGGCAUUUGGGCUUGACCAAUACUGUUGCAGUGGACAAUUUGCAAACCCCACGACAUGCCACCCUUCCAUUUACUCCUCAAUUUUCAAGCAUGCAUGUCCAAAGGCAUACAGUUAUGCCUAUGACGAUGGGACUAGCACUUUUACCUGCAAAGCUUACGACUAUACGAUUGUGUUCUGCCCCGACGCCGAUGGAACAAAGAAAGCAUCAAAUGAAACAACCAGCAAUCCAGGCAUUGAAGAGCCAAGCAAUGGAGAGUUCAUACAUUUGGUUUCUUCAUCCAACAUUCGCCUACCCUUUCCAUUAGCAGUUGUGUUGCUCAUCGUCAUCAACAUACUCUUCUAAUUUGCAUAUGUCUAAUCCCUCCAAGCAAAGCCCUCUGGAAUCAUGAUAUUUCAGACAGCCCACCUCGGCUCAAAACAUGGUGAAAUCAAUGGGUGGAGACUUUGAGAGAAAUUGGAGAACAAAUUUUAGUGUAAAAGAUUGAGCUUGGUACGACGUCUCACGGUCAUGCUUGUCCAAGACGUGGUGUCUAUAACUGCAUACCCAUUUCAUGUCAAACCCUUGUGUUGUAUCAUUUUACUGCUUUCCUUUAUCGAUUUCAUGAUGUAUGGUUUCUUUUUGUAUUUACCAAGUGUAUGAUGUUUCGGUAUAA